CUCAACUGUCUCCCAAAUCCGCCACUAUGACCACAGAGGAUUCCGUCCAACUCCCCUCCGAACCUCUUCCGAACACAGACGGCACGGACGUCUCCGACUCCUCUGCGACCAUUCCUGGGAUCAUUGAUAUUGUUGAGGAAACGGAGACUCUGAAACUCGCCUCUACUGUGGCUAAUGCCGUUGCUCCUGCUGCUGCCGCCGUCGCCUUCAUCGCCGUGGCGGUUGGGAAUGUUCCGGACUUAGGGGGCACUGCUCUAUUGGAUCAGACAGAAGAUGUCGCCCCUGUUGAUGAACUGUCGCUAAACCCAUCGGGCUCCGAAAGUCUCGCCAGAAACGGAGAUGACGCCCUCAGUGAUGGGGAGGAUGACUCCGAAGACGAGUUCGUUCCUAGGGGGAAGGGGAAAAAGCCAACAGACACUCCACACGCCACGCAUACCCGUCCGAAGGCAGUGGGUAAGGACAAAACGAAGGAUGAAGGCGCUGAAGAGGAUGCUAAACAGAAGCAGAAUGGCAAAAAGAAAGAUAGCAAGAAGCAAGCGAGUAAGAAGGUUCAGAAGGCUACUGCGAUAUAG